AUGCCUGAGAGCCACUGCCAGUCACUCAGGAGCUGCUGCAAUGCCCCACCACUCUCUGCCAUUGUACAUGGCUCUAAUCUUAUAAGCUUUGAAGAUGGGUUUUGUUUGCCCAGCAGCUGCCACAACAGAACCUGGCUCUUGGACAGCUCUCAAGAAACCUGCAGUGAAGCCACCAGCUGCCAAGUGACCAAUUGUGAACAGGACCAGUUCAGAGAGGAUACCUGUGCACAGAGUACCUGCCACUCCUCAGUUGUCCAAACAACGUGUUCCAAUUCCAAGCCCUGUGAAAGGACAACAUGCCCACCAGGAAGUUGUGCAGCAGUGCUGGAGAGUGCUUCUCAGACUUGCCAGCCAGCAAGCAAUCGGCACACAGCUUUUGUAGCCCAGAGAUGCCAACCUGCAAGCUACAUGUUGCAGUAUCGUCCACUAAAGUCUUCCGUGUCUAGGUGUCACCAAACUCUGGAAUAUGAAUCUAGCCAAUGCCAAUCUCAGACCCUUACAUACAAUUCCUGUAGCCCUCUGGUCGAUGCUGCACCUGGGCCACAACUUCUGGAAUCUUCUAGCACUUAUGAGCCAACUUGCUGUGUUACUGGUGGUUUGCAAUUGCCUAGUAAGUGA